AUGCAGGACGCAGAGAACGUGGCGGCGCCCGGAGUGGCCGAGGAGCAGGCCGAGUCGGGGCCGCAGCAGCCCGCUGCCGAGCCGCCGCCCGAGGAGGAGCCGCCGCGGCCCACGGGGCCCGGGGCUCCGGAGGCGGCGGACGCGGUGACCGAGGCCAAGAAGGAGGUGGCGGCGGUGGCCGAGCCCAAGCUUGAAGCGAAGGCAGAGCCGGCGGCCGCGGAGGAGGCGUCAGAGGCGGCCCCCGGUGCCUCGUCGGGCUCGUCACAGUCGCCCUCGCCGGCCCCCGAGGCCGAAGCGGAGCCCCCUGUCCCGGCCCCGGGGGAGGCGCGGGAGGAACCCCGAUCCGAGAGCCGGCCGCAGGCGCCGUCCAGAGAGGCGGCGGAGGACGAGGGCGACGCAGCGGAGGCCGAGCGGCGCGCGGUGGAGAACGGCGACGCGGACGAGCCGUCGUUCAGCGACCCCGAGGACUUCGUGGACGACGUGAGCGAGGAAGAAUUACUGGGAGAUAUUCUCAAAGACCGGCCCCAGGAGGCAGAUGGAAUUGAUUCGGUGAUCGUAGUGGACAACGUCCCUCAGGUGGGACCUGACCGUCUUGAGAAACUGAAAAAUGUCAUCCACAAGAUCUUUUCCAAGUUUGGGAAAAUCACAAAUGACUACUACCCAGAAGAAGAUGGGAAGACAAAGGGGUACAUCUUCCUGGAAUACGCGUCUCCUGCCCAUGCCUUGGACGCUGUGAAGAAUGCUGAUGGCUAUAAGCUGGACAAGCAGCACACCUUCAGGGUCAACCUGUUCACCGAUUUUGACAAGUAUAUGACAAUCAGUGAUGAAUGGGACAUUCCAGAGAAACAGCCUUUCAAAGACCUGGGAAAUCUACGCUAUUGGCUUGAGGAGGCAGAAUGCAGAGACCAGUAUAGUGUGAUUUUUGAGAGUGGGGACCGCACCUCCAUAUUCUGGAAUGAUGUGAAGGACCCUGUCUCAAUUGAGGAAAGAGCGAGAUGGACAGAGACGUAUGUUCGCUGGUCUCCUAAGGGCACCUACCUGGCUACCUUCCAUCAAAGAGGCAUUGCACUCUGGGGCGGAGAGAGGUUCAAGCAGAUCCAGAGAUUCGGCCACCAAGGGGUCCAGCUCAUCGAUUUCUCGCCUUGUGAGAGAUACCUGGUGACGUUCAGCCCCCUGAUGGACACGCAAGAAGACCCUCAGGCCAUCAUCAUCUGGGACAUCCUGACUGGGCACAAGAAGAGAGGUUUUCACUGUGAGAGCUCAGCCCACUGGCCUAUCUUUAAGUGGAGCCAUGACGGCAAAUUCUUUGCCAGAAUGACCCUGGACACCCUCAGCAUCUAUGAAACGCCUUCUAUGGGUCUGUUGGACAAGAAGAGUUUGAAAAUCUCUGGGAUAAAGGACUUUUCUUGGUCUCCUGGUGGUAACAUCAUCGCCUUUUGGGUGCCUGAAGACAAGGAUAUUCCAGCCAGGGUGACCCUGAUGCAGCUUCCUACCCGACAGGAAAUCAGAGUUAGGAAUCUGUUCAACGUUGUCGACUGUAAGCUCCAUUGGCAAAAAAACGGAGAUUACCUGUGCGUGAAGGUGGACAGGACUCCGAAGGGCACCCAGGGUGUUGUCACAAAUUUUGAAAUUUUCCGAAUGAGGGAAAAACAGGUGCCUGUCGAUGUGGUAGAAAUGAAAGAAACCAUCAUAGCCUUUGCCUGGGAACCAAAUGGAAGUAAGUUUGCUGUACUCCACGGGGAGGCACCGAGGAUAUCCGUGUCCUUCUACCACGUUAAAAGCAACGGGAAGAUCGAGCUCAUCAAGAUGUUUGAUAAGCAGCAGGCCAACACUAUCUUCUGGAGUCCUCAAGGGCAGUUUGUUGUGCUGGCCGGCCUGAGAAGUAUGAACGGUGCCUUAGCGUUUGUCGAUACGUCCGACUGCACGGUAAUGAACAUAGCAGAGCACUACAUGGCCUCCGACGUCGAGUGGGACCCUACAGGGCGCUAUGUCAUAACGUCUGUGUCCUGGUGGAGCCAUAAGGUGGACAAUGCGUACUGGCUGUGGACUUUCCAAGGACGCCUCCUGCAGAAGAACAACAAAGACCGCUUCUGCCAGCUGCUGUGGCGGCCUCGGCCCCCAACACUCCUCAGCCAGGAUCAGAUCAAGCAAAUUAAGAAGGAUCUGAAGAAGUACUCCAAGAUCUUUGAGCAGAAGGAUCGUCUGAGCCAGUCCAAAGCCUCAAAGGAAUUGGUGGAGAGGAGGCGAACCAUGAUGGAAGAUUUCCGGAAAUACCGGAAGAUGGCUCAGGAGCUCUACAUGGAGCAGAAAAACGAGCGUCUGGAGUUACGAGGAGGUGUGGAUACUGAUGAAUUAGACAGCAAUGUUGAUGACUGGGAGGAGGAGACCAUCGAGUUUUUUGUCACUGAAGAAAUUAUUCCCCUUGGAAACCAGGAGUGACCUGCAGGCACUGUGGUAAGACU